UGCCUGAGAAUGACCCUGGGGUGGCCAUGCUGAGAUUGCCUCUUACCCUGGGUGUAGAAAUAUCCUAGUCUCCAGCUCCUCCUUCUUAGGAUGCAAGGUGCUCCCAUGCUUCGACCCACCGUCCGGGAUGGCCUCUGCCGCCUGUCCACCUACUUGGAAGAACUUGAAGCCAUGGAACUGAAGAAGUUCAAGUUGUACCUGGGCACCAUGAUGGAGCUCGGAGAGGACAAGAUCCCUUGGGGACGAAUGGAGACAGCUGGUCCCCUAGACAUGGCCCAGCUGCUCACGGCCCAUUUUGGGACCGAGGGGGCCUGGCUGCUGGCUCUCAGCAUCUUUGAUCGGAUCAACAGGAAGGACCUGUGGGAGAGAGGACAGAGGGAGGACCGGGUGAGGGAUUCUCCACCUGGUAGCCUGACCUCACUUGGCACCCAGUCAACAUGCCUUCUGGAAGUUUCUCCUGGCAUUCCAAGAAAAGGUCCCCAGGAGCUGUACCGGGCCCACGUGCGCAGGCAGUUCCGGUUGAUGGAAGACCGCAACGCGCGCCUGGGAGAAUGCGUCAACCUCAGCCACCGGUACACGCGGCUCCUCCUGGUAAAGGAACACUCCACUCCCAUGUGGGCCCAGCAGAAACUUUUGGACGUAGGCUGGGGACACGCGAGAACCGUGGGACACCAAGCCAGCCCCAUCCAGAUGGAGACCCUCUUCGAGCCGGACGAGGAGCGCCCAGAGCCUCCGCGCACCGUGGUCUUGCAGGGAGCAGCGGGGAUGGGGAAGUCCAUGCUGGCGCACAAGGUGAUGCUGGACUGGGCAGACGGGAAGCUCUUCCAGGGCCGCUUUGAUUACGUCUUCUACAUCAACUGCAGAGAGAUGAACCAGAGCGCCACCCAGCAGAGCGCCUGGGACCUCCUCUGCAGCUGCUGGCCCGAGCCCGGCGCGCCCCUCCGGGAGCUGGUCCAGGCUCCCGAGCGCCUCCUAUUCAUCAUUGACGGCUUCGACGAGCUCAAGCCUUCUUUCCACGACCCUCAGGGACCCUGGUGCCUCUGCUGGGAGGAAAAACGGCCCACGGAGCUUCUCCUUAGCAGCCUGAUCCGGAAGAAGCUGCUCCCGGAGCUGUCUCUGCUCAUCACCACGCGGCCCACGGCCUUGCAGAAGCUCCACCGCUUGCUCCAGCACCCCAGGCAUGUGGAGAUCCUGGGCUUCUCCGAGGCAGAAAGGAAGGAGUAUUUCCACAAGUAUUUCUACAACGCCGAGCAGGCGAGCCAGGUCUUCAACUUCGUGAGGGACAACGAGCCCCUCUUCACCAUGUGUUUUGUCCCCUUGGUGUGCUGGGUGGUUUGCACCUGCCUGAAGCAGCAACUGGAGGGCGGGGGGCUCUUAAGACAGACAUCCAGGACCACCACUGCAGUGUACAUGCUCUACCUUCUGAGUCUGAUGCAACCAGCCCCCGGCACCCCAUCCCUCCGAGGGCUGUGCUCCUUGGCCGCAGAUGGCCUCUGGAAUCAGAAAAUCCUAUUUGAGGAGCAGUACCUCUGGAAACAUGGCCUGGAUGUCACCGAUGUCUCAGCCUUCCUCAAUAUGAACAUCUUCCAGAAGGAUAUCAACUGUGAAAAGUACUACAGCUUCAUCCACCUGAGUUUCCAGGAAUUCUUUGCAGCCAUGUACUACGUCCUGGAUGGUGGGGAGCAUGGGGUGGGCCCAGAACCCAGCCUGAUCAGGCUGUUGGCUGAAUACGGGUUUUCAGAAAAGAGCUUCUUGGCACUCACUGUCCGCUUCCUGUUUGGCCUCCUGAACGAGGAGACAAGAAGCUACCUGGAGAAGAAUCUCUGCUGGAAGGUCUCACCUCACAUCAAGGUGGCACUCCUGGACUGGAUCCAAAGCAAAGCCCAGAGCGAGGGCUCCACCCUGCAGCAGGGCUCCUUGGAGUUGUUCAGCUGUUUGUAUGAGAUCCAGGAGGAGGAAUUUAUCCAACGGGCCCUGAGCCACUUCCAAGUGGUGGUGGUCAGUAACAUCGCUUCCAAGAUGGAUCACAUGGUUUCCUCGUUUUGUGUGAAGAACUGCAGGAGUGCCCUGGUGCUACACCUGCACGGGGACACCUACAGCACUGACGAAGACCCUGGGGUGAGGUGGAUGCCGGGGACCCAGGCGCCAGCAGAGCAGUCACCAGAGAGGAACGUUCUGCUCGAUGUCUACAGUCAACACCUAGCUGCCGCCUUAUGCACCAACCCUGAUCUGGUAGAGCUGGGCUUGUACCGCAAUGCCCUGGGAAGCCAAGGGGUGAAGCUGCUCUGCCAAGGCCUCAGACACCCCAGGUGCAGACUCCAGAACCUGAGGCUGAAGAGGUGCCAAGUCUCCAGCUCUGCCUGCCAGGACCUGGCAGCCGCUCUUACAGCCAGUAAGAAUCUAAUAAGGAUGGAUCUCAGCGGUAACAGCCUUGGACUUUCGGGCAUGAAACUGCUCUGUAAGGGGCUGCAGCAUCCCCAGUGCAGGCUGCAGAUGGUCCAGUUGAGGAAGUGUCAACUGGAGUCUGCAGCUUGUCAGGAGAUCGCUUCUGCACUCAGCACCAACCAACAUCUGGUAGAGCUGGACCUGACAGGGAACGCUCUGGAGGACUCUGGCCUGAGGUGGCUGUGUCAGGGCUUGAGGCAUCCAGUCUGCAGACUGAAGACCUUGUGGUUAAAGAUUUGCCAUCUCACUGCUGCUGCCUGUGAAGAUCUGGCCUUGACCCUGAGUGUGAACCAGAACCUGAUGGAGCUGGACCUUAGUCUGAAUGAGCUGGGGGACUCCGGGGUGCAGCUGCUGUGUGAGGGGCUCAGGCUGCCCACGUGCAAACUCCAAACCCUACGGUUGGGCAUCUGCCGGCUGGGCUCCGCAGCCUGCAGGGCACUCUCUGACGUGCUCCAAGCCAACCCCCAUCUCCGGGAGCUGGACCUGAGUUUCAACGACCUGGGGGACUGGGGUCUGUGGCUGCUGAGCCAAGGGAUUGGACACUCCACCUGCAAGCUGCAAAAACUGUGGCUGGACAGCUGUGGCCUCACAGCUAAAGCUUGCAGGGAUCUUUAUUCCACCCUGGGGAUCAACCAGACCCUGACUGAGCUUUAUCUGACCAACAAUGCCCUGGGGGACUCAGGUGUCCGGCUACUGUGCAAGCGUCUGAGCCAUCCCAGCUGCAAACUCCGAGUCCUCUGGUUGUUUGGAAUGGACCUGAACAAGGUGACCCACAGUAGGCUGGCAGCACUUCGAUUAACAAAACCUUACUUAGACAUUGGCUGCUGAGAGGCCCUGCCGGCUCAUGUCUCCCAGAAGUCGGGACAGGGGAAGAUGGGAGUCAUCUAUCUUCACCACACAACGUAAGGAUCUGGCGCUUUAAUUCCUCAAGAGACAAAUGCAUCUGCAGAUCUGCUGGGAAUCGAAGUAACCAGUGUCUGAUGCAGCUUUCGUUUUGAUGAUGCUGGUGCACCCGGAGAGCUCAGGGCAAGGCGUGACGACUGGGAGAGGCUUGAAGGCCGGUGACCGGAGAGCUAGGACUACUGCAGAGCAGGGGCUUUCCGAGGAGGGCAAUCCCGCCCCUCAGAAACAGUUGGGUUGGCAGCAUAGGAAGGAGUUUUAUCGUGGGCCGAGCACCGCUGCCAUCUAGCGGAAAUAGGAAGGAACUGCGUCUCAACGACCUGCUAGGCGCAGAUAGAUCUCCAAAGCAUUUGGCCCCAAAUGGCAUUCGUGUCCAAAUCGAGGAAACUGUCCUCAAAGAGGUUAAUUUUGCAAGAUACUAAGGGCACUGCACAUUUGGGAAGAACCUGGGUGCAAGUCAACCCUUAGAACACUCGUUGGCUUGGCGCCUGUGCACAGUGGUUACGGGCAUGGGCCACAUACACCAAGGCUGGCAAGUUGGAACCCAGCCCAGGCCGGCUAAGCAACAAUGACAACUGCAAUAGAAAAAUAACCGGGCAUUGUGGUGGGUGCCUGUAGUCCCAGCUACUUAAGAAGCUGAGGCAAUGGACGGUGCCUGUGGCUCAAGGAGUAGGGCGCCCAUCCCAUAUGCCGGAGGUGGCAGGUUCAAAUCUAGCCCCGG